CAUACAUUGAUCGUAGCUGAUCCCUCGAACAUCAUAGAAUCUAAAACCAUUGUAAGAGAUAAGAAAUUAAAUCCGAUUUUAUUCAAGGGUGUUGGAAUGACUGCCGACCCGGAGAACCCCUUGGUAAUGGAUAUCUUACACGGUACUUCUUCCUCAUACUCCCACAAUCCUUCUGAUGACAUCGUCGACUAUCCACACGCUGUUGGUAAGAACACACAGUUCAUCACUGCCCUCCAGGCCCGCAACAAUGCUCGCGUUGUGUUCUCUGGUUCCUUGGAGUUUUUCAGCGAUGCUUACUUCCAGUCUGCCGUUCAAAAGGCCGUUGCAGGCUCUGAAAGAUUUGCUAAGUCUGGCAACCAAGACCUUGCAUAUGCUCUCUCUCAAUGGGUGUUCAAGGAGAAGGGCGUACUUCGUGUCACCGGUGUUAGCCAUCAUAUUGUCGGACAAAAGACACCCCCAGCUGCUUACACCAUUGAAGAUCAUGUGGUAAGGCCUUUCUAUUUCAUAGCUUGCAUACAUUUGCUUAUGAGGCCAAAAAAAAAUAUUGUUUUGCCAAAGCACAAGCCUCAAGCAUGGUCAAAAGCUAAGGCAGGGGAUGACCUUUCAGUAGCUGGGAGUGUUGUCCAUAAGUUUAUGAUUGAUACAUGUGACAAAGACAAACCAAACCAGUCACUCGUCGCAAAUCAUGGAAGAUUCUCUACUAAAUUUAAGCUUCCUGAUGUUUAUGGAGUGUUCCAGUUUAAGGUGGACUACAAUCGAAUUGGUUUCACUCAUUUGUACAGUACUACUAG